GCCAAUCAGUUAGGUUGCGCACAUGCUGCAGUUUCAGUUUGUUUUAUUCACCAUUUUGAGUAGCCGAAGGUAAAAUUUAAACUAAAAUCGCGUUUGGAAAAGAAAUUAGUUCCCGUAUUUUUCGUUUUACGCAGUAGCUCAGGCGUUGGAACGUUUCGUUGCGCCCUUUGGAGUUGCAGAGCGGGACGAUUUCAUUUUUAUUUCACUGGAUUUCAUUUCCCCUUUCUUACAUUCUUAACCUCUACAGUAUUUCUGCAAAAUGUCAAGACCAGUGAGGAACAAGAAGGUGGUGAAUUACUCACAAUUCCAGGAGUCUGAUGACGCAGAUGAGGAGUAUGGGAAGAACUCCGACAAGCCUAAGAAGCCUCGUGCGGCUCCUCGCGAGGUGAAGCGCAAGCGAUCAAAGAACUCUCAGGAGGACAGUGAGGAUUCUGAUGAAAAACUCUCCAAAUCCAAAAAUGAUUCAGCAGAUGACUUUGGCAGUGACGAAGACAACGACUUUGGAGAGGAGGAUGAUGAGGAUGGAGGGAGUGACUACGAAGCUAAACGAGGGAAAAAGGGAAAGACAGCCAAGGUGGCAAAGCCCACUAAGAGGACACCCAAGAGAAAACGACCCGCAGAUGACAGUGAUGAGGAGGUGAGUCGUAAGGUGCGUACGGUGCGGCAGGCUGCCACCAAGGCUGUGUCCAAACAGAGAGAGAUCUUGCUGGGAGACGGAGGCAGCGAGGACGAGGAACGCGAAGACAAGGAGGAGGCCUUCGCAGACCCUGAUGAGUCGGGCAGUGAUGAAGACUUCAUGGUUGAGGAUGAUGAUGAUAGUGACUAUGGCCGCUCCAAGAGCAAGAGGAGCAGCAAGAAGGUGAUCAAACGGAGCCGGCCGGAAAGGAAGGAAAAGAAAUCCCCCAAACCACGACUAAAGGCCACUGUGACCCCCAGCCCAAUGAAAGGAAAGGGUAAAGGUCGCCCCAGUGCUGCUAAGGCCCUGGAGAAGAGCUCGCCCAAAGAGGAGGAGGAAGAGGAGGAGCCAGAGAGCCCUUUGGAGGAGGAAGAGGAGGAGGUGGUGAAGAAAGACUCCUCCCCCGCACCCAAGAAAACGAAGGAGGCACCCGGGAAGGAGAAGAAGGAAAAGGAAGAUGAGGAGGAGGAGGAAGAGGAGGACGGAUCGGAAGAGGACGUGCCCUCUGGGGAAGACUAGACCCACAGAAGUCCCACCUCUCUCUCUCUCCCCCCUCCCCUUCCCUCUCUCUCUUUACCUUCUCAAGUUUUUGUUUCUCUUGGUUUAGAGUUUAUUUUGGUUUCAUUGGUGGCCUGGCUCAAUGGUUUGAACCUCAUUUGUUGUUUAGUGUUAGUUGUUUAGUGUCUGGCUUCCCGUAACUGACUGACUGACUGACUGAGGACAUGGUAUCUGUGUGCAUGAGAUCAUGCAUACCAUAUGGCUGUGAGGGAUGGAAGGAAAGAACAAGUGAGAUUUUACUCCAUCUCUCUGAACAUGUCCCAUCCCUCCAUCCCUGUCCCCUCUGCUCAGCUACACCUCCCUCCACUGGCACACCUCUCCUCUCCUUUCUCAUCUCCCUCUCUGCAGUGACUGCAUUAGUCUUUCCUACACAAGUCUGUGUGAAUCUCAAAAAACGGUUUCUUUAGGCUUUGUUAGUUUGCCUUUUUCUGAGAGCUCCGUGCUAGUGGACAUCCGUCCUCAACAGUCGCUUGGAGUGUAGAGUCACUAGUUUUCUUUCUGCAGGCUGAUGUGUGUGUGUGUGUGCAAGUGAGCCUUCUAUAAAAAAAUAAAUUCUAGCCAUCUUCUUUCUCUGCUGAGUUCUCCAUUCCCCUCUCCUCCCCAAGUAAUCUCUGGUCUGACAUGACUGAAUAGGUGAAAGCUAUGUAGAAUAACCCUUGCUUGACCUAUCCAGGAGAGUUAGAUCAGUGAUUACUGAGCCCUGGGUUUGUUCAGCCAGUCUGGGUUUCUAUCUCUAUCCUGGUUUCUCAGUGGACUGCUGUUGUCCAAUCAAAGCACUUUUUUAUUCACUGUGCCACACUACCCAUUGGUUUAGUUACAGCCCAACGCUGACUAAUCAGAGAAGGCCACACUGGAGACUCUUUGAGGGAGGAUAUGUCAGCGUGUUUCCUGUCUGUCUAUUUCCCUGUUGUAUCUAGAUUGUUCUCCCUCAGUUCCUGUGCCCACUAACCCCAUAGCGCUGUGCCAACACUGACAGUGCUUUUUAAACUCAAACACAACACGUUUUAAGGAAGGUUUUACGGUUGUUAUUUUAAUGUUAACUUGGUUGAAUUAAUGCUGUUCUAUUUCCCCCUACUCUGAGGUUACGCUCUGGCCCUGUGUCAAGGACCUUCAGUUUAACACAUACAUAUUCAAUAACAAAACAAGCUUUGUGUAACUGUUCAGUCAUGUGCUUUGAGAUCAAUUGUUUUUAUUGUAUUAUAAAGCAAAUAGGCAGAAUAAUCGGCAUUGGACAAAUAGCAAUCAGCACACGUCCAACACAUUUUUUCAUGAUAUUCAAUAUAACAGUACAUUCAUAUUACAAGGAACAGAGUUGAAGAUCACUUUGGAGUAGCGGUGUGUUAUUGUGCUUUAGACCGAGAGAUUACUCUGAGCGUCUGCGAUGUGCUGUAAACGGUUAUUUGUGUGGUGAGCGAGGGGGUCAUGGAAGCAGGUUCUAGAUCAGCCCUAAGAGAGCCUGUUUGUUUGCUGUGCUGGUACUACCAUUGUGCGGGUGUGAUGGAGCACACACUCAAGGGAUUUGGUGUUUCCUCACCCUAGACCCUCUACCAUUUGGUUUGUGGUUCAGAGAUUUUGGAUGCCUCUGUGCUAGGCAUGACACAUGCAUACACCGUACACACAUGCCAGCAGACACACACACACUACCCUGGUAUGGCCAGAGCAUCCUUUCAUUGUUCAACCCUUUGUGCCAGGCAUCCACAAGCUUUUUUUAAAUUGAAUCGAGAGUUGUUUUUUUGAGAGGCCCUAAAAUGAAUGUUUUUUUUGUUGGUUUGUUUUAAUUCUCUAUUCAGAUUUUUUGUAAUGUUUGUUUUUUAAGAAAAUUAAUAAAAUGUAUCUUGAUUUUAAAGAGAAAA